AUGUCCGUUAUGAGUAUUUUCGCCAGUAUUUUAACAAUUAAGUAUGGAGUUAGACUGAUAACAAUAAACGGCGCAUUUAUCUCAACGAUCGGCUCGAUUUCUGCAGCAGUGAUUGGAAGUUAUUGGGCAUUUUGUCUGUUUUACGGCGUUUUUAUUGGAAUUGGUGAAACUCUGAUGCUUGUACCUGCCAUUUUAGCAAUUCCACCGUAUUUUCAUUCCAACCGUGUUUCAUUAGCCACUGCAUCAGCCGUAAGUGGCGCAUCGAUCGGAAUGUUAACUAUUCCGUUUUUACUUCAACAUCUUCUUGAUAAAUACGGUCUUCGUGGUGCUACGCUUCUUUCCAGUUCUUUAUGGUUAAGCGUUGCACUUGCUGGUGCUCUUUUUGGCAAAGGUGUGAUCAGCAUUGAGCAACACGAUGACAAUCAGAGUAGAAGUGAAGCCAACGGGUCGAGCAAUCGAUUGAUUUACAGUCGACGAACUUCUCUUUUACCCAUGUCACCGCGUUAUCAUCACGAUCGAUUGACCGUUAAUGCUCCGAGAAUUCCCGAAGAAAAUUUGCAAGAGAAAACGCGCAGUUCUUUGAAUUCUUCGCCAAUAAUUGUCAAGUCUCAUAUCUUUCAAUCAACAAAUCUGAAUACACAUUUAGUUGUUCCUCAUUCCGAUCAACAACAGCAUCAUCAGUUGUCUUUUGCAGAUUCUUCACAGAGAGUUGAAUUGAAUUCUUCGAAACAAACAUCGAGGAAUUUUCUCCGAGAAAUAUUCUCUCUUCUUUAUAUCAAGUCCUUUCGUAUUUUGAUUAUUUCUAUGGUUUUCAAUUGGUCGUUAGAUGAAGCAAAUUUUCUAUUUCUCGCCGAUCUCCUCAAAACAUUUCAUCAUUCCGAACAACGCUCAACUCUCCUAAUCGCCAUCAUUGGCAUUUCUGAUCUUAUUGGACAAUUAGUUUUCGGGUAUUUAGGCGACAUGGAAUAUCUCGAUCCGAUCGUACUUUGGACAUGUACAUCGAUUAUCGCAGGCCUGUCAUUAAGUCUUACACCUCUGAUUGGUUCAACUGGAAUGAUUAGUCUAUGUGUACUCUAUGGUAUUCACGCAUUCUUUCUCGCCGGUCCAAAUGCAUUAGGAAAUGUGAUUAUGAUUGAAGCUGUUGGUCUGCAUCGUUAUGCCAUUGCAUAUGGCUUUAGUUUAUUAAUGAGUGGUUCGGCUUCACUGGUUGGCUAUCCAUUGCUUGGUUUGUUGAAAGAUAAAACUCAGAAUUGGAUCAUCCCAUUUGCGUUAGUUGGUGUAGUGAUGAUCUGUGGUGGUUUGAUCGGAGGAAUCAUUCCAUUGUGCAAAUAUUACAAGAGGAAAAGGCAAAACUGA